AUGGUGAAGGAGACCCUGUAUUAUGAUGUGCUGGGGGUGAAGCCCAGUGCCUCUGCUGAGGAGCUGAAGAAGGCGUACCGUAAGCUGGCCUUAAAAUAUCACCCUGAUAAGAACCCCAAUGAGGGUGAGAAGUUCAAACAGAUUUCCCAAGCCUAUGAGAUACUGUCUGACCAGAAGAAGAGAGAUCUGUAUGAUAAAGGUGGUGAGAAGGCCAUCAAAGAGGGUGGCUCCGGUAGUAGUUUUGGGUCACCCAUGGACAUAUUUGACUUGUUCUUUGGAGGUGGUGGGAGGAUGCAAAGGGAGAGACGAGGCAAAAAUGUUAUUCAUCAGUUGUCGAUAACCUUAGAAGAUCUGUAUAACGGUGCAACAAGAAAGCUGGCUUUGCAAAAGAAUGUGAUCUGUGACAAAUGUGAAGGUCGUGGUGGUAGGAAGGGUGCAAUAGAAUGCUGUCCCAAUUGCAGAGGCACAGGCAUGCAAAUCAGAAUUCACCAGAUUGGUCCAGGAAUGGUGCAGCAGAUUCAAUCUGUAUGUAUUGAGUGUCAGGGGCAUGGGGAGCGUAUCAGCCCCAAGGACCAGUGCAAGAGCUGCACUGGCAGAAAAAUUGUUAGAGAGAAGACGAUUCUAGAAGUUCACAUUGACAAAG